CAUUCUCCCUUAAUUCGUUUGGUUCCCCCAAAGGUUUUUUAGAUGUUACUCGAGUGCACUCUCAGGGACCGUAGUCUAUCAUACUAGUAUCACUACUGGAACCCAUCGUUACCACCAGUGACCCUCGGAUGGUUGCAUCCCGGAACGACAGGGUUAGGGUUUACCGUACUCGAGUACAUCCUUCUAUCAUAGCCCCUACGAGUAGUGCGCAACCCCUCGGCCGCCAAGUGCAUCAUUGCUGGCAUGAUAUCUCAGUAUCUCAGAUGGCGAAAACCACCAAUCCUGACUUGUGCGGUGCAGGCACAGUAUGAUACCGUACCAUACCAGCACGAUACGAAACAUAAGAGGAUCCGAAAACCCCGCAAACCGGUCGCCGUCAGGCCCGAUAUCCGGGAAUCCAGGAGCUAAUAGCACGGGCAUACACUCGAGACCCUUCCCAAGACAUCCCCAUCUCUAGGCUGCGAUAACCCUGCUACCGCCACCAUCCAUCGCACCAUCAGGGGUGAGGCUAGCUCAAAAACAUGCUCAACGCCCAUAUCCUGUACGGUGCGAGUAGAUUGGUGUCCGAAAGAGCCUUCUUGCUUUAACGAGUAGCGGGACUAAUCCCGUAGGAUUCCUUUGUGCUUACCGGUAGAAUAAUCCGCUAUCAUUGGGUGGGAGUACCUGUAAUAUAAACCCCUCCUUCCUGCCGCCCCUCACCUCACCUGAGCUUACCUUCAUUCUUCCCCCCGAUACAACAAGACCUCAUCGCUACCUCAUCCCAUCCCAUCCCAUCCCAUCUCGCACCUCGACACGGUACGACGCAACCAGAUAGAGAAAAUCGAAAAAGAAAAUAAACAAAGAAAAAAUCAAAAUGCCGGAAUGCCAGUUUUCCGUCACAAUGACUUGCGGCGGAUGUUCCGGUGCUGUGGAUCGGUCGUUGAAAAAACUUGAGGGUACCCUACCUUAACUACUUUCCCGUUCCCCUGCCUCCCCUUCUCUCUCCGGGUGGUGAUGGUGGCGGCGGUGAUGCUAACGGCGAAUUAACAAUAGGCGUGGAAGACCUGAAGAUCGACCUCGGUGCCCAAACCGUCAAGGUUACCACCAACGAUUCUCUAAAAUACGAGGAUGUUCUGGAGCAAAUCAAGAAGACUGGCAAAAAGGUCACUGAAGGGUUUGUAGAGGUUGGUGGGGUUUUGCAGAAGAAGGAGGUUUAGAUCAGGAGCGUGACGGUAGUUCCGUGCGGUGGGAUUCUUUUUGCUAGUUUGAUGGCCGUGAAUGGCUAUCGAUUGUUUGGUGCUCUGUAUCGUUCCUGUUUUCCUUUACGAUUGCCGGAUUCGAAGGGCCACGAUACUGUGGUUUUCUCUAGUUGAAGCACGGAAACAUUCCAUCUACAGUAUCAAUCUUUGCUAUUAUCCUUACAGCCAUGCUUGAAGUAAACUACCCCUAACGUUAUUUAUUUUAUGGCUCGUUGCGCCGCCAACAGUCGGCCUUCUUUGAAAUCCACUCUCACUGUCCCACCUUAAAUGAUUACUCUUCCCUAGCGUGCGGCUUAUGUGCCUUGGGGACCUCGGGAUGAGGUCUUAAGUCCUGCAUUGCAUGUAUAAAUAUCGUCCGGGACUUUAUCGCUGUACCGUACUCGAGUACCUGUACCUACCCGUGGGGAGCUGACUCAGGGCGUGGCUGAGAAGGUAGGGACUAUCCAUAGCCAGGGAUAAGCGGUUGGUAUGGUUUACCGGUGGUUGUUAGGACACAGAGGGGCGAGGGCGUUGUGGAAGGUUUGGAGACA